AUGAACAAUUGGCCACUGCUCUAUUCUAGAAGCAAUCGCAACCGAAGAAAAAUUCAAAAAAAUGGAGUGUGUAUUCUACCAAAUGGACGUCCACUUAAGAAGGCGAUUCGUAAAGAGUAUCGUAUGAUGAGCGAUAAAGAACGUGAACGUUUUCACGCAGCCAUCAUACACCUCAAACGAAAUGGUGAAUUCGAUAAGAUGGCUAUAAUUCAUGCGCAGUUUUCGAUCAGUGGUGGUGCACAUUCUGGACCUGCGUUCCUACCGUGGCAUCGGGAAUUCAUGAAAAGAAUGGAAAUCGCCCUGCGACAAAUCGAUCCAGAUCUGUCACUACCGUAUUGGGACUCGACGCUGGACUCACAUUUGCCUGAACCAAAAGAUGCUGUUUUAUGGACGGAGGGUUUGUUGGGAACAACAGAUCAAGAUGGACAUGUCGUAACGGGGGAUUUCGCCGAUUUUGUUACUUUUCAAAACCAUCCGCAUAUAACACGAAAAGUCGGAGCGCAGGGAUUGCCAUUCCGAGACAGUGACAUUGAAUAUGUUUUAGCACAGCAUCGCAUUGAGAAGGUACUCGCUCACACAGCACCACAUGAGGUCGAGUCAUUUGCGUCAUUGUUCAUUGCGUAG